AUGCCCGAAACUCAGUACUUUAAGCAACAAGAUGGCUCAAAAAUUGCUUAUAAAAUUCUUGAACCACGCAAUCCAGAAGAUAUAAAAAACGAAAUUCCCCUUGUAUUAAUCAUAGGAUUGUGGUGCGUUAAAGAAGAAUUUAUUGGUCUGGAAGAAGUAAUUAUAUUUGAUAACCGUGGAAUGGGUGAAUCAAGCGUUGUUUCUUCUGAUGAUUCAAUAUCACUUGAUUUGAUGGCACAAGAUACAAUUGCAUUAGUUAAACAUCUCGGAAUCAAAAAAUUUAAUCUUCUAGGAUGGUCUAUGGGAGGUUGUAUCGCUUUUUACGUUGCCUUAAAUGUUCCAUCCGAUCUUAAGUUAGAAAAACUGAUUAUUUGUUCAAGUUCGAUUCGACCACCACCACCUUCCGCUUUCUAUCAUACCAUUUAUAAUUUACCAAAGUCACCAGAUCCUUUAAAGAAUGUUCAAGAAAAAAUUACCCCCA